AUUCAUCCGUCUUGACAGCUCCACUCCUAACUCCAGCGACCACCGCGUCCCCACCAUGGCCGCUCGCCGGAGCACUAGCCCCGCCCGGCACGGCGUCCUCCCCGCCCUCCUUCUCAUCCUAUGCUCGUCCCUCCCUUCCCUCGCCGCCGCAUACCGCCCAGGCGACAUCGUCCCGAUGCUCCGCUCGGGCCAGUACCACGGCUCGAGGUCGGUGUGGUUCGACGUGGUGGGGCGCCAUUGCCCGGCCUUCGCGGUCAACCGGGAGGUGCUGAUGCCGAUCCCAAAGCCUACGGGGUUCACUGGUGCUGAUCCGUACAAGAUAACAUUUCAAAUUGGACAUGAAAAGUUCCAUGUUCCUUGGCUUUAUGUUAUAAAUCGCAAAACCUCUGAAGUUCCACUGAUCGAUUUCCAUUUGAAGUACUCUGGAAAUGAUAUACUUGGGGUGACAGCUAAAGUUGUGGACAUGCCUCACCACUACGUGGAAGUUCAUCCUGACAUAAAGAAGAAUUUCUGGGAUCCACAGAAUUGGCCAAAAUACGUUCUUGUUAGAUAUACAUGGGAGGAGCAAUCAGAGAUAGAUGUUACUGGAGGAUUUUAUGUGUUAUUUGGAUCCGGGCUUGUUUUGUCCUUCAUUCUUGCAAUAUAUGUCCUACAGUCAUCUCAAGAGAAGUUGACAAGGUUUGUGCGAGAAGCAGUUGCAGAUAGUAGCCUCCCAGAUGGAGUUGCAAAGGUCGAGUGAUGACCUGUCUACGAUGAGCUGUCUUAUUACCCACUAAUUUCUACACUGAUCAGAACCUCAAGUUUUUUAACAGUCAACUUUCUUAGCUGCGGAACGAGUAAUACAACAGAGUAGCAUACAUAUGAAGAGCUAGUGGUUUAUUUGAUUCUCUUGUGCAUGCUCUUAAACCAACUUUGCUUAUAUGGUGGAAGUGCAUAAUUUCAUUUCCAGGCAGGAGUUUUGGUGCUUGC